AUGCUAAUCACCAGGGAUAUUCCUCUCUCAACUAGAGCGUACUGGAUGCGUCGAGCAAAUGAAGCAUUGGGCGAACUAAGCGGCUCUCCCUGUCCAUUCGCUGCGUUUGGCACUGCCGUCGUUAACCACACUGACACUGAUGGACUUGGGGAUCUGAUAUGCAUUGGCGUCAACCAGAAUCGCCAGACAGGAAACCCGGCCUUACACGGAGAAAUAGCAGCCAUCACAAACUGCACUGCCAUUCUGACAGAUCCACAUGGCCGAUUUCGACUAACGGCCUCUGAAGCUCAAGCUGCAUUUGUCGAUUUGACAUUGUAUACCAACGCCGAGAGUUGUCCUAUGUGCGCCUCUGCCAUUCGGUGGGCAGGGUUUAAGGAGUAUGUCUACGGGACUUCAAUUCACACGUUAGUCCGGAAGGGCUGGUCCCAGAUCCAUAUAUCCUCGCUGGAGGUCUUUCAGGCUUCUUUAGACUUGUCGUCCCAGACUCUCUUGAUGGGGGAUGUUCUUGCGAAUGAGACGGAUCCGUACUUUUUGUGGCAGUUUGACCCGGCUUACCCUUGCCCUGAUGGCUGCUCGCGUUCUGGUAAUGGUACUACGUGUCGUGUUUCUACAAGGGAUGAAUUGAAGUAG